AUGUUUCGGGAGAAAUAUUUUGCAACAACUCUAGAAGAAGUCAAAAUUGUUCUGUACUCCAAAGACAUGGGCUUGGAUAUGUUUUUCCAAUUGGAUAAUUCACAAAGAGUUAAUUCAGAAAAUGCUGCAAUCAAAGAACAACAAAACGAACUCCCACCAAAAUCUAUGAAUUGGAUUCAGUUUAUGAAUUAUUCUUAUACUGCUGAUAAUCUUUCACUUGCAAUAAAGACCUUAGGGGAGCAACUGAAGCAUCCAAUUUUAUUUUCAGUUAAAAUACCACUUGAAGAAUUUGAAGAUGUUUUCUUCUUUAACGAUCUGCUUUCAAUGAUUCCAGAUAUUACUGGGAAUGGUCUCCUUGUCAAAGUUUAUCAGGGAGAUAUUCUGAAUGUCGAUGUGGAUGGCAUUGUUAAUGCUGCUAACAAAUGGCUUGCUCAUGGUGGUGGAGUUGCUCGGGCAAUUAUUAAAGCAGCUGGAGAUGCUGUCAACAAAGAAGGACAAAGAAAACUUAAUGAGUGUGGCUUUACCUGCAUUAAGCUCUGCAAUAUUUGGAGUACCAAUGGAAAUUUGUACACACGGUUAUUACGCUGGCAUUCAGACAUUUAG